AUGUAUAUAACCACCGCACUUCUCAGAAGAACCUCCUCCAGUUCUUCCAAUACUAGUACUACUGGCAAAAGGCUCCUCUCUUCUCUAUCCAAAAAACCAGUUUCUAGUUCUGCUUCUAGUCCGAUUUCUAGUAAUUUCAAUCAAACUCAUCAACGAUCUUUGAGUUUUUAUUCGGCUCUGAGGUCUGCGCAGCGGUGGAGCCACGGUGUGGAUUGGAAAUCCCCGGCGAGUCUCGGAGCUCAGAUCAGGAUUGCUUCGUCUGCUGCUUCCCUUUUCCAGCGAAACAUCGCUACCAUGGCCUCUGAAAAUGCUUUCAAGAAAAUUCUUACCAGCCUUCCCAAGCCAAGCGGUGGUGAAUUUGGCAAAUUCUAUAGCCUGCCCGCUCUCAAUGACCCGAGGAUCGAUAAGCUGCCAUAUUCUAUUAGAAUCCUUCUCGAGUCAGCAAUUCGUAAUUGUGAUGGCUUUCAAGUUACAAAGGAAGAUGUUGAAAAGAUUAUUGAUUGGGAAAAUUCUUCCCCAAAGCAAGUUGAAAUUCCUUUCAAGCCUGCUCGUGUCCUUUUGCAGGACUUUACUGGUGUACCAGCUGUGGUUGACCUUGCUUGUAUGCGGGAUGCCAUGAACAAUCUUGGGAGUGAUUCUAAUAAGAUCAAUCCGUUGGUUCCUGUAGAUCUGGUCAUUGACCACUCAGUUCAAGUCGAUGUUGCUAGAUCAGAAAAUGCUGUCCAAGCAAAUAUGGAGCUUGAGUUCCAGAGGAACAAGGAGAGAUUUGCUUUUCUUAAGUGGGGAUCUAAUGCUUUUCACAAUAUGCUUGUUGUUCCUCCUGGUUCUGGUAUAGUACAUCAGGUCAAUCUUGAAUAUCUUGGACGAGUUGUUUUCAACACCGGUGGUAUGCUCUACCCAGACAGUGUAGUUGGAACAGAUUCCCAUACAACCAUGAUUGAUGGGUUAGGAGUUGCUGGUUGGGGAGUUGGAGGAAUCGAAGCCGAGGCAACAAUGCUUGGUCAGCCAAUGAGCAUGGUGUUACCUGGAGUUGUUGGAUUCAAGUUAUCUGGCAAAUUGAAAAAUGGUGUCACGGCUACUGAUUUGGUUUUAACAGUCACACAAAUGCUAAGGAAGCACGGUGUUGUUGGGAAGUUUGUUGAAUUUUAUGGCAAUGGUGUGGGUGAAAUAUCAUUAGCUGACAGAGCCACCAUUGCAAACAUGUCUCCUGAGUAUGGUGCUACAAUGGGGUUCUUCCCCGUAGAUCAAGUCACUCUGCAAUAUCUCAAAUUAACUGGGAGAAGUGAUGAUACUGUGGCAAUGAUAGAAGCAUAUCUACGUGCAAACAACAUGUUUGUCGACUAUAGUGAGCCUCAACAAGAAAGAGUAUACUCAUCUUACUUGGACCUAAAUCUGGCAGAUGUUGAACCAUGUGUUUCAGGGCCAAAGAGACCUCAUGAUCGGGUACCUUUAAGAGAAAUGAAGGUUGAUUGGCACUCAUGCCUUGAUAACAAAGUUGGAUUCAAGGGAUUUGCUGUGCCCAAGGAGGCACAAGAAAAAGUGGCCAAAUUUUCAUUCCAUGGACAACCUGCUGAGCUUAAGCACGGCAGCGUCGUGAUUGCUGCUAUCACGAGCUGUACAAAUACGUCAAACCCUAGUGUCAUGCUUGGGGCAGCCCUUGUUGCCAAAAAAGCUUGCGAGCUUGGUUUACAGGUAAAACCAUGGAUUAAAACAAGCCUUGCUCCAGGCUCCGGAGUUGUUACGAAGUACUUGCAGAAGAGUGGGCUACAAAAGUAUUUAAAUGAACAAGGCUUCCAUAUCGUGGGCUAUGGUUGCACAACAUGCAUAGGAAAUUCUGGGGAUUUGGACGAAUCAGUUGCUGCUGCUAUAUCAGAAAAUGACAUUGUUGCAGCUGCUGUACUUUCUGGGAACCGAAACUUUGAGGGCCGUGUCCAUGCUUUGACUAGAGCGAACUACCUCGCUUCACCCCCUUUGGUUGUUGCAUAUGCACUUGCUGGCACGGUUGAUAUUGACUUCAAUAAAGAGCCAAUUGGUGUAGGCAAAGAUGGUAAGGAUGUCUAUUUCCAGGAUAUAUGGCCAUCAACUGAAGAAAUUGCAGAGGUGGUUCAAUCCAGUGUAUUGCCUGACAUGUUCAAAAGUACAUAUGAAGCUAUCACAAAGGGUAAUGCCAUGUGGAAUCAGUUACCAGUACCAAUUGCCAAGCUGUACUCAUGGGACCCAAAUUCUACUUACAUUCACGACCCACCAUAUUUUAAAAAUAUGACUAUGGAUCCCCCUGGGCCGCAUGGAGUAAAGGAUGCCUACUGCUUGCUGAACUUUGGUGAUAGUAUCACAACAGAUCACAUCUCGCCAGCUGGAAGCAUUCACAAGGAUAGUCCAGCUGCCAAGUAUCUUGUUGAGCGUGGGGUCGAUCGCAAGGACUUCAACUCUUAUGGGAGUCGCCGUGGUAAUGAUGAAAUAAUGGCAAGGGGAACUUUUGCCAAUAUUCGCCUUGUGAACAAGUUAUUGAAUGGGGAAGUUGGCCCGAAGACACUGCAUAUUCCCACUGGAGAAAAGCUCUCUGUGUUUGAUGCUGCAAUGAGAUACAAAUCUGCUGGAGUUGGCACUAUUGUCUUGGCUGGAGCAGAGUACGGAAGCGGAAGUUCACGAGAUUGGGCUGCAAAGGGCCCAAUGUUGUUGGGAGUUAAAGCAGUGAUUGCUAAAAGCUUUGAAAGGAUCCAUCGCAGUAAUCUUGUUGGAAUGGGCAUUGUUCCACUAUGUUUCAAGUCUGGUGAGGAUGCAGACACACUAGGAUUGACGGGUCAUGAGCGUUAUACCAUUGAUCUUCCCAGCAACAUUCACGAGAUCCGCCCGGGUCAAGAUGUUACCAUCCAGACUGACACUGGGAAAUCUUUCACAUGCACAGUCCGUUUUGAUACUGAGGUGGAGUUGGCUUAUUUCAAUCACGGAGGCAUACUUCCAUAUGUUAUUAGACAACUGAGCAAGCAAUAA